GGUCCUGCCAAGUGGAGCCAGCUCAGGAAGACCGGAUUGCGCCGGGCCCCUGACCGGCUCGGGCGGCCGGCCGGCCGGGACAGGGUUAAAAGACCAUCACCUGCGGUUGAAGUGCGACUCAGAUGGGAAGUAGGAAGUGCCGCGCCUGCGCUUCCUGUAUAAAUAAACGCUGGGCUGCGGGCGCUGCUGCUGGCGAGCUGAGCCGCACGCACUGCAAGGUUCCCCAGCGCCCUGGCGGCUCUCGAGGCGGAGGUGGUUGGUUGUAGGUCCUCCUCCUCCUCCGGGCCAAUAGGUCUGGGAGCCCGAGUACUGUUACAGACCUGCAGAGUGCAGAGCUGUCAGCUGCAGAGCUCGGAGGACAGGGGAGAGAGAAUGAAACAGCUUCUCCUCUCCGGUGUGCGCGCCAGAGGCUGCUGAGAAGCCCAGCGGCCGGAGGAACAUAGCUCUACAGCCAGGGGGGAAGAUAAUUGAGAAUAUGUUGCGUGAGCAGUGUCAGGAAAACAGAGAUGCGAAGACAGCAGUUGGGGAAGAUUGAUGAGCCUCGGUGUGCUUUGGGGAGUGUUGGAGAAACAAAUGGGUGAUAGUUUUCUAAGCAUAAACUGGGAAGAGGGGAGAGGGAUUAAAGAGACUAAAGAGGCUGAGCAGGCUGAUGGGCUCCCUUGGUAGGCUGCAGUACCUCACUAUGACUGCCGAAAAUCCAACGCCUGGAGACCUGGCUCUGGCUCCUCUUGUCACUUGCAAACUCUGCCUGUGUGAACAGUCUUUGGACAAGAUGACCACACUCCAGGAAUGCCAGUGCAUCUUCUGCACAGAUUGCCUGAAACAGUACAUGCAGCUGGCAAUCCGAGACGGAUGUGGGUCUCCUAUCACUUGCCCUGACAUGGUGUGCCGAAACCACGGGACCCUGCAGGAAGCCGAGAUUGCCUGUUUGGUACCUGUGGAUCAGUUUCAGCUUUAUCAGCGGUUAAAAUUUGAGCGAGAAGUUCACCUGGACCCCCACCGAACAUGGUGUCCUGUCGCGGACUGUCAGACAGUGUGCCCCGUUGCAGCAGGUGACCCGGGACAGCCUGUGCUGGUGGAGUGCCCUUCCUGCCACCUGAAGUUCUGCUCGUGUUGCAAGGAUGCUUGGCAUCCUGAGGGCUCCUGCAGAGACAGUCAGCCUGUCAUCUUGCCAACAGAGCACGGGGCCCUCUUUGGGACGGAUGCGGAUGCCCCCAUUAAGCAGUGUCCAGUUUGCCGGGUUUAUAUCGAACGCAAUGAGGGCUGUGCUCAGAUGAUGUGCAAGAACUGCAAACACACGUUUUGCUGGUACUGUCUGCAGAACCUGGACAGCGACAUUUUCCUCAGACAUUAUGACAAAGGACCAUGUAGGAAUAAGCUUGGCCAUUCAAGAGCCUCGGUGAUAUGGAACCGAACACAGGUGGUUGGGAUUCUUGUGGGGUUAGGCAUCAUUGCCUUGGUGACUUCGCCCUUGCUGCUUCUGGCUUCCCCAUGUAUAAUCUGUUGUGUCUGCAAGUCCUGCCGGGGCAAGAAGAAAAAGCAUGACCCAUCCACAACCUAAAGAUCCAUCUCUCUUUGUGUCCGUGUGCCACACAUGUCUUAUACAUACAAGACAAUACAGUGAUAAAGCCCCACUUAGUGAACUCGCCUCCUUUUUCUUGCCAAAUUUUGGAAGUGCCUCUGUGUCCAGACUUUGAACUGGCCUACCUGCCUGUGGCGUCAGGAAAGGCCGAGCAUUGGUGUGUGUGUUCCUGUGUAAAGACAGUCGGGUUCCGCAGUCCAGGUUGCAUCUGUGGAGCAUGUCAGAAGCUUCAGGUUCCUGGGAAGGAACUAACACAUCAUCACCCUAUCAUCUGAAGGAUCCCACUGGACUGCUCAACUUCCAGCCAGAUUCAAGGAGCCUGAGUGAAUGUUCAUAUAAUAAAGGUGUUGUCAUGGUUGGCAAUAUACAUGAUCAUUGAGAAGCUCAAGUGUGUUCUGUAUUGUUUGACUACCAUGGGAAACGUGGGGGAAAGUCAUGGAUAAGACUGUUUCGGGGAAAAUUUUCAUAAGAGUGAUAAAGCAGGCUGCUUAUCUUAGGACUCGAUGUGGUGGCUCUGCCGCUGCCAGCGCCUGGGUGUGCUUUCCCAGCAUAUCCCCACAGUGACUUGGCAGGAGCACAAUGGGUUUCUGCUUGUGUGAUCUCAGCUUCAAGCAGGAGAAACUUCUGUGCAGAGGAAGUUGUCCCUUCCCACUGAAAAGGUUUCGACAUAUAAAACAAUAUGGUCUAGUUUAGUCUGUCUCUGGGCAAGUGUAACUUUUUAAAGGUGAUAAAGCCUUCUCUUGUAGCCAGUAGCUGCUGUCUACACACUUGUUUUACACGAAGGAUUUGGGUGCAGUGGCAGAGGUUCAAAACCUUCAUCAUAGAUAACAGGGACCUUUCUUAGGUCUGUGUUCAUACAGACGUAGAGUCAGACCUAAAGGUACACACCAAGCCCUUAGGUGCAUCUAGAACCCAUAUGACUUUCUGCCUACCUAGAAUUUCUAUCCAUUGGGCAUGCCUGGAUGUGAAUGCAAAAUCAUAGUGUGUAUUGUCACACACAAUAGUACAACACACAAAAUACAUGUUUAUGUAAAAGCCAGUCUGUAUCCUUCUGUGACUAAUUGUUUAUUAUAAAUCAACCUACAGAUUUUUUUGCAUAUUAUACAUGUAAAUUUUGGAUACAACUUCUUAACUUACCCAAGUAUAGACUCAUACACAUGACUCUUUUAAAACGAUACUUAGUACUGUCAUCUCAGUUGGUAAAACACUGAUUGAUAAUCACAUUAUUUGUGUGUUUUCAAACCAGAGCAGCUGUCUUCUUGGCAGAGUUUAGUAUCUGUUAUGGCAGUCUGAAUUCUGUAUGUACAAGACACUGAUAAAACAACAAAAAUAUAUCAGAAAUAAAAUGUAAAAGCUUUAUAUAUAUUCACCAGUUUGGACUUGUAUAACCUCACUGUGACAUGGUUUUCCCACUAUACCAUUAGUCAGAUUUUGAAUAAACGGGUUUUGAAAAGACAAUGACUUUUCUCCAAUUUCAGGAUGACAUAAUUGCCAUUAGCAGUGUAGCCGGGUGCCUCCUGAGAGCUGGACUGUGUUAAUAGAGAGCUCUCCUUGAAGCCAGGGAUACCGCAUAAGGAACUGUCAGGAACUAUGAUAUGUUCUGAGGUAACUGGGUAACUGGAUUACUAAAUUGCUGCUAUCCUGGACCUAUUAUUAAAGAAUAAUGCUUUGCCUAUGUAAUGGAAUGUAUCCUAAGUGGGGAUGUGUAUAUUUAAGGAACUUUAAUUCACACAUACAUACAUAUAUAUAUUACUAUAUAUAUAUUACUUUUGGUCAUGCAUAUUUUUAUUUACAGUUUGUAUAGAACAUCGAUUUGAACUCUGGGAAAACUUUUGAUGGCAGCCAACUAAAAACAUUUGUAAUUGUUUAUUAGAAAUUUCUCAAUAUUGUAUAUUAUUUUCCUUUGAAACAAAAAAACCAGUACUAUUCAUCAAUGUAUUUCAUAUUAGUACAUAGGAUAGGGGUAUAUAUAUUUGAAUAAUUUGCUUUGUCUUACACUGCCUCAUCAGAGUUAAAGGCAUUCGUAACUGCUCAGGGGAUCACAGGAACUCAACUGAACUGAAUUUUUCUAUCAAGAAUGUUAGUAGUUGCAAUCUACUACUCAAUUAGCAAACUCUUCAACCUUGGUUCCACAAAGAAUUUUAUGAGAGUGACUGGUUUCAAGUUACCUAAAGGGUGUGUUAUUAAACGUGGAGCUCCCGAGUUUAGACUUAAAGUGGAAGAAAACAUCUAUGUUAUCUCCCUAGAAAAAUAAAUGGAAGGGACUUGCCUUCUCACAGAGA